ACCUGAACCCAACCUCCAGUCCAUGUUCACUGAACGACCAGACGCAGCUGGACGCAGAUGAGGAAAAGUCUCGACAUGAAUGAAGCAAAUGCACACUUUGACAUUUUACAUGAUGAAGUUUAAACCCAACCAGACCAGGACUUAUGACGGUGAAGGCUUUAAAAGACGAGCGGCGUGUUUGUGUUUCAGAAACGAGUUCGAAGAAGAGGUGCUACUGGUGAGCAGCAGCCGACAUCCAGACCAAUGGAUUGUGCCAGGGGGAGGCGUGGAGCCUGAUGAGGAACCCUGCGAGGCAGCUGUUAGAGAGGUGUAUGAGGAGGCUGGGGUUAAGGGAAAGCUUGGCAGACUUCUGGGAAUUUUUGAGCACAACCAAGACAGAAAGCACAGGACAUAUGUCUAUAUCCUCAUUGUCACAGAGAUACUGGAGGACUGGGAGGACUCUGUCAACAUAGGAAGAAAACGUAAAUGGUUCAAGGUUGACGAAGCCAUCCGGGUGCUGCAUAGCCACAGGCCUGUCCAUGCUGAAUACCUGCACAGAUUCAAGAACACCUGUAACUCCACCUGCAGCCCAGCGUGUCACUCAACCAACGGCAACACAGUGGGCUUACAAGUGAUGGACAACAACACUCCUCUCUGCGUUGUUAGUGCCACACAAACCUCGGAUCUCCUCAACCGAUAAGAGAGAUUCUUGUAGGACUGCGAGAUGGACUUAUCUGAAACACACUGCGACCUACAUUACUUGCACAGUUGUAAACUAUGAAGUAUGGACUCCCAUGAUAUUGAUUUAAACCCAUUUUCAAAUGGGCUUGGAGAGUGCCAAAAUGUUUUCCAGUUACAGUUGAAUGCAUUUUUAUACAACCCCAAUUCCAAUCAAGUUGGGACAUUGUG